AUGCUUUUUCUUAUUUUUUUCGUCCAAUUUAUUGAUGGAUUUGUUGUUGACACAAAUUAUGGGUCAAUUCGAGGGUCGGAAAUCGAACAAGAUGGACAAUUAUUUCAUAGUUUCAAGGUAUGUUUCAGCCUUUUCUUUGAAUAAAAUGAUCAUCCGAUUCUUUUCAAUGAGCUCCGACAGCCCAUAAUAACCUAUUUUUCAUUCUAGAAAAUCCCGUUUGCUUUGCCGCCUUUGGGAAAAUUGCGAUUUCAAAAACCGGAAAAUCCGAAUGCUUGGCAGGGAAUUCUAGAUGGAACUAUUUAUGGUCCAGCAUGUUUAUCAAAUUCUUCACAAACGAAAAGCCAGCCAAUUUGGAUCGAUGAAGAUUGCUUGCAUUUAAAUGUUUUUGUGUCGGAUGUUUGCUUGGUAAGUCGGGAGAAGGGUUCGGCCACGAAAAUUGUAUUCAUGGGCUCCCGAACUCUCCGGAUUUUUAGAUCUAGUUUGAUUACAAGUAUUUUCAGAAGUCAAAUAAAUCCUGCGCAGUUGCUUUAUAUAUUCAUGGCGGAAAUUUGAACUAUGAUUCAGCUGUUAUGUUCGAUGAUCCAACUAUCUUCCGUAAAUUCGCCGCCAAAAAUGUUAUUUUAGUUAUACCUGGAAUCAGACUUGGUAUAUUUUCACAUCUAACAUUUGCGAAUCAAGAAAAUGCUCCCUACAACAUCGCAAUUUUUGAUAUUUUGAAAGCUCUGGAUUUCGUGCAUAAUGAGAUUGUGAACUUUGGAGGAGAUCCUGCAAAAGUCACACUUUUUGGACAUUCUUCUGGCGGAGUUAUUUCUUCGUUUAUGGGUUUUUCGACUGAAAUUAACCGAGAUUUGAGCUUGUUUCAACAAGUUAUUGCAAUGUCUUCACUUGCAAUUUUUACACCAAAAGAGUUGCCGAAACUUUUGACAGAUGUGUUCGUCAAAAAGGCGGGGGUAAGUCUAUUUAUUUUAGAUACUUAUAGUCUAUCUGAAAAUUUGGACAUUUUUUCAGUGUAAUUCAAAUGAUGAUUCUGAAAUUCUGAAAUGUCUUCAAAAAAUGGACGCUCUUGAAUUAUUACGCAUUCAGCGAGAAAUGGAAACUACAGAAAUAACAAUGUUUUGGGGAGUUAUUCAAGAAUUGCCACUUUUUCAAAAAGGUUCACUUUCGGAAUUCCAUCAAAACCCUAAAAAUAUUCCAUUUCUGAUUGGAACAACUUCUAGAGAAUUUGAUAAGGAAGUCGAUUUUGUACCAAUUGGUCAGAUUUUAGGAUAUCAGAAUCCAGGAGAAAUUUAUGAAAAUUAUAAAAACGGAUCAAUUGGGGAAAAAUUAAAACAUUCUGAUGAAACUCAAAGAUUAUUUGUGGAUACUGUAGCUCGAGUUAGAAUUUUGAGAGAGAAACAUAUUCCGGUGAGUUUUUAAUUGCUCACAAAUUUUACAAGGCUUCUAAUUUCAGGCCUAUCUUUAUCAAUAUUCAAAUCCGACACAUCCAUUUCAUACAGAUGAUUUAUCAUAUUUUAUGGGUGUUCAUAAUUUCAAUAAAUCAAUUGAUGAACAAAAAUUAUCGGAAGUUUAUCCGGAAUAUUUUAUGAAUUUUAUAAAAUUUGGAAAACCUGCGGAAAAUUGGGAAAUAUCAAAUGGAACUAGUUAUUUUGAUAUUGAUUGGAAUGAGGAAAAUGGAAAAAGACCGCAAAUGAGAAAUGGAUUUGAAAAAAAGGUAGGCUUGGAUUUUUGGGCUCAGGGCCGAUGGGCUCGGCCUGAAUUAUCGGAUAACAUUACAAAUCUGUUUCAGAUAAUUAAUUAUUGGUUCGAUGAUAUGCGAGAACUUGAUAAAUUUAUUGAGGCCCAAAAGUCUGUCUUGAAGUAUAAAUCCCAAACUUUUCCAAUUCCACCAUCAAAUUCAGCUCUGUUUUCAUGGAUCUGGAUUCUACUUAUCUUCAUACUUGGAUUGAUCCUAGGAAAAUUAUGUUUUUCUAGCUCGAAAAAAUCUAUUUAUGUUCAGAUUCCUGGAAACAACUAUAAUUAUGAGAAAAUUGCUGAAAUUUGA